CCCACUUUUUCAAUACUCUUCUGAGAGGAUUUUCCAGCUGUUUUCACAGGAUAAUGUCUUCAGACGUGUUUUGGUAGAAAACAGAGAGCGUAAAUUCCCGAAGAGGUUGAUUUAACGGGACGGCGCGGAGAGUGUAUCUAUUGUAACUUUGCAAACUGAGUUUGCAAAGCGUUUCCACACAACUAUGGCGCUCAGAGCGAGAGCUUUAUACGAGUUUAUCUCUGAAAAUCCCGGCGAGAUCUCUGUGACAGAGAAUGAACUUCUAACUUUGAGUAGUGAAGAGGUUGUCGAUGGUUGGUUGGAGGGCACGAACAGCAGAGGUGAGACGGGACUCUUCCCUGCAUCAUACGUGGAGAUUAUAAGGACUGACACAUCACUACACGGUAACGGGACAUCCGCCAGUCAGGACUAUUACUGCCAAACUAGUCCUCAGAGGAGGGACACCUCAAAUGAAUCGACUCCCACUCAUUCCGCUGUUUACCAGGGACAUCUUCAGCAACAGCGACACAGUUUUCAGACGAGCCAGGGAAGCGACGAGGAUUGGGACGAUGACUGGGAUGACAGCGGAACGGCGGAUGAACACGGAGGAACACCUGAAAAACGUGGGAAUCAAGCAGGAUAUCCCAUGACAAGCACCUCAGCUUCUCGACGUGGUAGUGCGCAACAGUCCAAAAGUACAGGAACAGUUGGGAAAAAUCUCAAUAGGUUUGCGACAGCAAUUUCUUCCGGUGAUAAUUGGGUUAAACUAGGAUGUUAAUCCCAAACUUAAAUUGGUUUAAUGUGUAGGUAUAAGCCAAUAUGUUUGACAUCCACCGAAUGGCAAGAGAACCCGUAUUCGUUCACUUGCACCAUCGAUGAUCCUACAAAACAGACCAAAUUCAAAGGCAUGAAGAGCUAUAUGUCCUACGGACUCACGCCUAGUCAUACUCAAAACCAGGUGAAUAGAAGAUACAAGCACUUUGACUGGCUUUAUGCACGGCUUGUAGAAAAAUUCCCUGUCAUUUCGGUUCCUCACUUGCCUGAGAAACAGGCCACGGGUCGAUUCGAAGAGGAUUUCAUUUCGAAGAGGAGGAAAGGUUUAAUAUGGUGGAUGAAUCACAUGACAAGUCAUCCUAUUUUAUCCACGUGCGACGUUUUCCAGCAUUUUCUCACCUGCAGCAGCAACGACAAAAAAGCUUGGAAGCAAGGCAAGCGAAAGGCUGAGAAGGACGACCUAGUCGGCGCUAACUUCUUCCUCACUAUCUGUCCUCCAGCUUUACCGCUUAACUUACAAGAGGUGGAAAGCAACGUAGAUGGUUUCAAAACGUUCACCAAAAAAAUGGACGAAAACAUCAUACAGCUCAACGUCACUAUUAACGAAUUUGCCAGAAAGCAGAUCACUGGUUUUAAAAAGGAAUAUCAGAGAGUUGGACAGGCUUUCAGACUUCUAAGUCAGGCCUUUGAAUUCGACCAGCAAGUCUAUUCAGCUCCAUUAAACAAGGCCAUGGCACACACUGGAGAAGUCUACGAGACCAUUGGGGAUUACUUUGCAGAGCAGCCCCGUCAGGAUUUGGAGCCAAUUUCCGAUCUUUUAGCGAUUUACCAGGGCCACUUUGCAAACUUUCCAGACAUUAUCCAUGUUCAGAAAGGAGCCCUCACUAAGGCCAAGGAGAGCCAGAGGGACCACUGGUGGUCCGUGAAAGAUUCCCAGUGGUCUGCCAGUUGUUAUUGGCUGGUUUAA